AUGAAACAUGUACUUUAUAUCGUCAUACUGUUGGUGCAACUCUUCAUCUACUGCUUCGCCGGACAGACACUGGAAUUCCAAUCGGAAGGGCUUGCUUACGCUAUCUAUGAGUCACCGUGGUACUGCUUCGACGUGGGCGUGAUGAAGAGUCUACCACUAAUGAUCCUUCGAGCGACUAACCCACAUCAGUUGACCGCGGGUAAAUUUCUAGUGAUAAAUUUUAUGAGCUUUAAGGAGAUCCUGAAGACUUCCGCCUCAUAUCUGUCCGUAAUGAGGAUAAUACUGGAGACAUGAAUGGAGGUAUUCUUUGAGAGAGAGAGAGAGAGAGAGAGAGAAAAAUAUAAUUGGUAUAUAUAUUAGCUCUCUUUAUAUGUUUACUUGUACCGUUUUAUUAUCUAUAUUUAUUAUCUAUACGAGUCACAUCAUGUUCAGUGACGAUUAAAUAAAUUCUUGACUUUGGCUCGCGAGGAAAGUAUAACAUUCAUAUUGUAAUGUAGACACAUUGUAGCAUAUCUACGAAAAUUAUAAUUUUUACAAAAU